GAGCGCCUCUGGGCGGUGCUGGCGCGGCUGCUCCGCCCGGGCUCCGGCAUCGCCGCGCUCUGCCACGGGGCCGGGGACGUGGAGGGCCUGGCCGGGGGCCGGCGGCUCGGCGGCGGGGCGCUGCGGGUGGAGCGGGUGGUGCCGGGGGACGACUACGGGCUGCAGACGAGGUGGGGCACGCCCUCCGAGUUCGAGGUGGCGGUGCUGGCGCGCGUGGCCCCCGCCCCUGCGGAGCUGUAG